AUGGUUAUGAAAUUGAAGCUCAUUCGACAGCAAGAUGAGAAGUUCGAACAUAUUCAACAUGGACAAAAGUUGUCGACAGAGACAACUGAAAAAGCUGAUGACGUUGCACAUGCGCAAAAGAAAACUGAAGAAGUUCAUCAGAAAGUUCAUAUCGUGUGGAAGGUGUUCGUGAGGGGUGAUCCGGUUGGAUCCGUUAGGAUUAGUCCGAUCGUCGAGCCGGCUCAUUUGGGCGCGAGAGAGACGACGAUAUUAGUCGAGAGCGAGCCGUUGACGGAUGCGGUCGCAUCAAUCAUCAUCAAACAAAACGGCAGAAGAUUUAAUGAUUUCUUCCUUACCGAAGUUAAGUCGUCUAUUGAUCUUUUAAAGUAA